AUAAUGUUUACCACGAAAAUGCACACAUUUUGUGUCUGUUGUUGCUUAUGUUCACUGGAAUGAAUCAUCUGCCAUCUGUCGCCCCAGUGUGAUGCAUCAGUCUCCAUUUCCAUGUCAUUUUAUUUUCUUGUGAACACAUUUUUUCUUUUAAAUAAAUCCAACCACCAUCAAUCACCUCUCAGUUCAUGAGUCGUCUUGCACAUCACGCUCCGUGAAACACAAGAGGAUAUCACUUUUUCUUUCUUUCUUUCUUUCUUUCAAUGGGGGAGACGGCAAACGAGUGCUGUGAAUGUCAUGAUUAAUCUGCUUUUCAAACAAAUUAGCACAGCCUGGUACUGGAGUGUUUGAGGGCGACGGCUCAAAGCCUGCUGCUGCUGACGGAGCUGCCAGAGAGGAUGUUGACUUCAUGGGAGCUUCCUGCUCCCAGGACCCAGGAAACACGGCGGGGGGAGAGUGUGGGAAGAGGCUGAGUGACUCUCUGUGGGCCUCUGAAGACCUCGGCUGCAGGUCAGAGAUUACGGGAGAUGUGCAGGCCAGCGGGGGGAGUCCAGAGUGGAGUGGAGCAGUGGACGCUCAGAGAGCAAUCAGCCUAGAUGCCUCAGAGUGCCUGAAUGAGAUGAGCAAUCUCUCUGGGACGGCUUUAGUCAGGAGCACAGCUUUGGAAGAUCUGACCUCCAUCGGCAACAAGAGCAGUCAAGGAGAGGAGCUCGUCUCUGAGCAAAUAAACGAUGGGCUGACUGCUGAUGAAGCAGCUAUAGAGUCCGACACUAACAUCACCCCAGAAACACAACACGCUACUCAAAGUCCACCUCAAUCUAGGUUUGAUUCUCCUUCAGAGGAUCUUCAUCCAACAAAGAGCAGCAGGGACGUGUCUGAGGAAGACAGCCUUUCAACCAAAAUGCCAUCUGACAUGGAGGCCGAAAGCGGCAGCAGUGACUCACUGUUACACAGGGACGGCUAUUCAAGGCCUGACAUUUCUAAUGACUCAGAGACGAGAGGCAGUGUGGCUCAGACCACAGUUACCACCGAGCCCACAGUUACUCCCCCCCAAAGCUCUCCAGCCCGAAAGUCUCUGGUGCCGGUCGCUAUUUUCAAAGCUCAAGCAAAGGUGGAUAAUGGCUCCACGGACAAGACCCAAACUGCCACCUCACCAACAUCUCACCUUAAAAGACCAACCAUUUUCACCAAGGGCAACAAAUCACCCGCCUCUCCCCGAAACGGCCACAGCUCCAUCCCCAUUAAAUCCACCAGCCCAGGAGGUGUGGGUGCUGCAAAAUCUCAAAACCCCGUAACCAAAGUUACUGCAAGAACUGCAGCUCAACCAGAUGUGAUGAGUGGACAGAGCAGCCCUGGAACUCCCAAAUCCCCCGCUAGCCAAGCAGCUGCUGCAAAGUCAGCGGCCGAGGCCAACAAAGUGAAAAAGGUGGCGGUGGUGCGUUCUACCCCCAAAUCACCAGGCUCGCUCAAGAGCCGCCCCCCGGCUCCUCUGGCCGCCGCAGCGCCGAUGCCGGACCUGAAGAACGUCAGGUCCAAGAUCGGCUCCACAGACAACAUCAAGCACCAGCCUGGAGGUGGAAAGGUCCAAAUCCUGGAGAAGAAGCUGGACUUGACCAACGUCCAAGCUCGCUGUGGCUCUAAAGACAACUUGAAGCACAAGCCCGGUGGUGGCAAGGUUAAAAUCCUUGAACAGAAGGUGGAUUAUAGUAAUGUCCAGUCUAAGUGUGGCUCCAAAGACAAUAUGACACAUGUACCCGGUGGCGGCAAUGUACACAUUCUUGAUAAGAAGCUGGACUUAAGCAAUGUGCAGUCCCGGUGUGGCUCCAAAGAUAAUAUAAAACAUGUACCCGGUGGUGGCAAUGUUCAAAUUGUGCACAAAAAGGUCGACCUGAGCACCGUGACAUCCAAAUGUGGAUCGAAAGCCAACAUCCAUCACAAACCAGGUGGUGGAAAUAUUGAGAUAAAAAAUGAGAAGGUGGACUUCAAGGUCCAGUCUAAGAUCCGCUCUCUUGACAACAUCGGCCAUGUUCCUGGAGGUGGACAGAGAAAGAUUGAGAGCCACAAACUGAGCUUCCGCGAGACCGCCAAGGCCCGCACUGACCACGGUGCUGAGAUCGUCUCUUUGGAAGACUCCCCCCAUCAGCUUAGCACUGUGUCCUCCUCUGGCAGCAUCAACAUGGCUGACUCUCCGCAGCUCUCCACGCUGGCUGACCAGGUGUCUGCUUCUCUGGCCAAGCAAGGCUUGUGAAUGCACCCCGACCCCACUCUCUCCACCUGCACCUCAGAAACAUGACCACGUAGAGGAGUUGUGAUGCCUUCCUCAUUGUUUUCACAGGACUUAUUUUUAGCUAUCCGUCACUGUUUGUCCUUCACUAAUCUUUGAAACUGUUCUUGAGCCAUUAAUGAUGAACUAAUGUGGAAAAAAUGGAUUAACAAAUCGGCCAAAAUGUAUUUAAUUUCUCUCUGUGGUCUUUGAUCUCUAUAUCCGUUAUUAUUUCUGCCCUUUGGUGUCCCUUUAGGAGUUAAAGCCCCCUGAAGUGAAUCUGAUGAACAUUUUUUUUAUCUCCACACGUAUCCAAGUGAAACUGGUUUAUUUAAUUAAGACGUGGUUUCCCUGUCACGCUGUCUGUAAACCUAGACAGCUAUGGUUUGAAAUCCAUUUUAAUUAGUGUCCAUGGAGUUUAUUUAUUUGUUUUUAGGGGAGAGAAAAAAAUAGAUGGAAUAUCAGUGUAGAAAAUGGAGGUAAAUGCAGACUGUUGUGGUUCAGUUUGUGCUAAAGCAGAGGGAAUAGUUACAGGGUAUGGUGACGGGAGUGUGAAGGAAAGACGUUAAAGAAAGGCAGGAAAAAUGCUUUCAGACCUGACUGCUGUCUUUGCUUUGUAGUGCUGACAUGUCAAGCACCUUGAGCUGCUGCAGGUGACAGGGGUGUGACCUGGGUUUAAAAAACAAAAACAAAACAACAGCAACAAAAAAAUCAACAAAAACAGAACGGCUAGAAUAGACAUUUUGUUUUGUGUUGGGCACAGUUUUAUAAUCGUAUUCUGUGGAUAUAUGACAUGUAUUUGAUAUGAAGAAACAUUUGUAUUGUG